AUGUCGUCCAACGAACGCGCCUCCACGUACGAGGUUGCCCACAAAACUCUCGCUCGGCGUCAGUACUUACGAGAGAAGCAGCGCGAGCAUCGCCGCAAGUUGAAUGCUGAUCGGGCGAUUGCCAUAGCGCAGUGCGUGCACCUUCAGUCGGUCCUUGAUGGCCUUCAAGCAGCCAGGCCGCUGUCCAUGGCGCCGCGUAAAGAAAUAUAUGGUCCGUUGUCCUGGCAUUCCAUUGCCGCCGAGUUCAAAGGAGAAGUCCACCGGGUCUUGAAGGACCGCCAGUCCCUGGUCACUCAAACGCAAGAGUAUCAAUCCCUCAUGCAGGCCAUGCGACGCUUUGUCAUGAACAUUCCGCCGCCGAUGUCCCGCAGCAACGAGUGGCGCAGUGCGACGUUGGUGGCCGACCCGAGGGUUCGAAACCUGGGCAAGGAGUGGCUCACGCAGCAAAUGUACCACAACAUGCACGAGCCGUUAGCGUUGCUUCCUGCCGUGAGAAAUGACGAGGAGUUUUACCAAUUUGACUUGGAAGCGUCGGACGAAGACAAAUCAUUUGUGGGCUUGGAAAGCAUACAGUUCACGUGGCCAGGAACGGUGCAAAUGUUUCGACGUCUGGUCGAGACCAACAUGAAGGCGGUGGUGGAAGAGGUGACAGCCAACACACGCCUGUUUCACAAGACCACGCCCAAAGGAACGUUCGUGAACUUGCUCCAAGGACACUUCGUCGAAGCCGACCGGUUCAUCAUGGUCAUGCGGCAAGUCGAACACGACGAAACAUAUAUAUGCCACCCCCUCCAGAAGCAGCAGCAUGACUUGUUAUGGACCGAGGUUCGGCAAGUAUCGCCAACACACAUCUUGGUGCGCUUAGUCGGCCGUGUGUCCCACAUAUUUCGACCCGCCACCGGGUUUGUGAGUGUGGACGAGCUAGCAGCAUUGGUGGGUAUCGAUGUGACGGGCAUCGAAGUCGACCAGAAGGACGCACACGUGCGGCGCGAAAUAAUCCGACAGUCGUAUGCGUGGUUCUUGUCUUGGCGACAACAUUUCAUGGACUUGAUGCACCAGAGCGCGGCAAACUAA